CAGGAUCAGCGACCCGAGUUGUGGUCGAAUCGACUACCGGCACAAUGAGAUACCUACUAGCACUCCCAGCGGUGUUGCGAGCCGCCGUAUUACUGGCUUCCGCGUCGCAACACAGCUUCAGCGUACAAGAUGAUCUGCUCGCCUUCCCACAGUACGAGGUUCGAUUUCAGGACGAAUGGACAUCGGAAGCGGAAGCGCAUUCAAAGCUCUCCAACAACGGGAAGCCUCACGACCAUUUGCGGCAUGAGCACCAGAAAGAGCAAUACGAGCUGCAACAACGGCUUGGCUCCACUACCGAUGGCGACCCUGCUGAACCUCAACCCGUCGAAUACGAGCGCCUUGUACUAGACGGCCACAGUUGGCUGUGCGAGGUGCCGAUUGUGAAGAAGAAAGAAGAAACACCGAAUGUGAACGACACGCAAACGAAAGCAGAGGAGGAGAAGGAGCUGGCACGAGCGACAGACCGCGGAUGGGAACUUUUGAGCGGCAUGGAAGACAGCUGCAUCUUCUUCAUUGGAGGCUGGUGGAGUUAUCGAUUCUGCUACAACCAGGGCGUAAAGCAGUUCCACCAGUUACCGUUGGCACGAGGCGUGCCGAAUUACCCUCCUCAGGAGGACCCAUCUAUUCCAGGCUUCACGCUUGGUACAUAUAGCAAAGGCGCUGAGGAUGAGGACGAUCACAAAGACGAGACGUCGGAGCGUGGAAGCGCGUUAGAUAAGAGCGGUGGGAAGCGGACACGGGGAGGACAUGGCGAGCUGGUGCAGCAUGGCGAGAGCAGGUAUUUGGUGCAGACGCUCGGUGGAGGUACCCGCUGCGACCUGACAGGCAAGGAGCGGGUAAUUGAAAUUCAGUACCAUUGCAACCCACAGUCCGCCGAUCGCAUAUCCCUCAUCAAAGAGACGAGCACCUGCGCAUAUCUCAUGGUGAUCCAAACACCGCGAUUGUGCAACGACGUCGCCUUCCAGCCACCGCAAAAGGAUCAGCCAAAUACUGUCUCCUGCUCGCCGAUUCUGAGUGAUGAUGAAGUCGAAGCCUACGAGCACGAGCUCGCAGAAGUCAAGGACAUGGAACGCGAAAUAAAAGAGCAAGAUGAAGCCGAUCCUCUUGGAGGAUCGGUCUUCCCGCCACCUCUUCCUGUCGGCGAUAUCAUCGUAGGCGGACAUGCAUUGGUGCCGCCAGGGAAGAAGAUCGAGAAAUCUUCAAUUGUCGGAGGUGGAGUGUAUGUGGAGACGUUGGCUACGUCGGACGGCAAGAUGCUGAGCAAAGAAGAUCUGAAGAAAUUGGGCCUACCAGACAUGGAAGCCGUGGAGAAGCUCCGCAAGGAACUUGAGAAGUAUGCGAAAGGGGAGCAGUGGAAGCUGGAUGUCGUGGAUACCCCUGCUGGGAGAGAGUAUCGUGCAAUUGUUGGCUCUGACGACGAUGAAAAGCCUGCUUCGCAGGAGGGCACAGUCAAGGCUGAGAAGAAGGAGCAGCAGCAAGGUCAGGAGAAAGAUGUCGAAGAACCGGUCAAACUGAAAGAAGGCAAAGAACCGGGCAAGCUGACAGAAGGCAAAGCGGCGGGCAAGCGGAAAGACGUUAAGGGGCACGCGCGGCAGCAAGACUCAAACCCCAGACCGAAGCAGGAAGAAGAGGAGACCGAGCAGGAGGGUAGCCAGGAGGAAUUCUUCAGGGAUGAACUGUAGUCAUGUCAUGCACGAGUUGAAUAGAACGACAUCG